AUGUGUCUGACUAGCGUACCGAAAUACUUGAUGUGUUUCUUCCAAUGUAGGAAGAGCUCUUUGGACUUUUUACUUCCCACAUUUCCCAAUUCCGCCUCAGAUACUUCGCCGCACAAUCAAACCGCCGCCCUGCCGGCUUAG